AUGCACAUAACAAAAAAUAAUAUUAUGAAUAAGAAGGACAAAAUAAAAAAGGACACAAAAAUAAAAAUAAAAAAAAAAAUUAAUAAAAAAAAAAUUAAUUUAAAGUCAUUUAAAAAUUAUUAUAGUUCAAGUAAUGAAAGCGAUAUUUACUUUUAUAAUGAUAUUCAAAGAUGGAAAAAUAAUAUAAAAGUGCCAAUAUGGCUUAAAAAACCAAAGGAUAGAGAAUCUUUAGAUGAAUUUUAUAAAAAUAUUAUAAGGAAAUUAUUAAGAGUUAAAAAUAAAAUUAGAGCUUAUAAAAUACAAGAAGCAUACUUAAUUGAUUGUUUACAAAAAUGUAUGAGUGAUUUAAAUUUAAAUUCAGUAAAUCCCCUACAUUUUGGCGAUUAUGAGUUAUAUAGAAAGUUAAUUUAUAACAAUCAUACAAACAGUUUUUCAGAAAAUGAAAAAUUAACUUCUGACAAUGAAGACAAAUAUAUUAUAAAGAGUAAAUAUUUUUCAAAUAAUAAAAUAUCAGAUGAAAGUACUAUUUUCUGUGAUGAAUCAAAUCAUUUUAAUAAAGAUAUAACCAAGGAAUUUCAGGAUAAGGGGAAUUGUGAAAUUAAUGAUAUUAACAUUAAUAAAUAUAACAUAGACAAUUAUGAUGAAAUAAACAAAUACAACAGAAACAAUUCAAAUAAUAAUGACGAUGAUAACUGCAAACUUGAAAUAAAUAGAAGCAAAAGUAGCAGUUUAAAUACAGAUAAUAUCAAUAAUGGUGAUAGUAAUUUAUGUAAUAAUAACUACAAUGGUAAUAACGAUACAAAAAGUUACAUAAAAAGUACCUCAGAAAAUGAUGUGAAUGGUUUUAUAUAUAGUAUUAAAAAUACAUUAUUGAAAGUAUACGAAAAAAAAAAAAAAAAUAAUAUUAUGGAUGAUAUUUUUAGCAAAGUUAUAAUUCCUGGUGCAUUUUUUGAAAAUAACAAUUUCUGCCCUAUUUUUAUGAAGUUAUUAAAACUAGAUAUAUAUAAUACAUGUUGUAGCAAUGAUAUAAAAUUAAAUUCUAAAUUAAUGGAUCUUUUUAAAAUGUUAAAUUCUUUUAAUGACAUUAAUAUAGAGAAUAAAAAUAAGAAUGAGGAAAAGGAAAAUGGUAAUGAAGUAAAAAAGAAAGUGAUAAAUGAUGAAUCUUAUGAUAAUUUAUAUAAAGAAGAUUUAAGUUUCUUUAAAAGUCAAAGCUCUUUAUAUAAAUUAUCACAAUAUUGCAUAGAAAAAAAUAUUAUAGUAAAUAAUGAAAUAGUUUCAUUUGAUACAAUAUAUAUUUACAAUGAAAAAAAUGAUGAAACAAAAUCAAAAAAUUUUGAAAAUAAUUAUGGGAAUAAAAAUUGUAUUGCAUAUAAUAAUAGAAAAUUGGAAUAUAUUUUAGGUACUACAAAAAAAAAAAAUCCAUCAUUGCAUUAUAUACAUAAUAAAUGUGACAUUAUAAAAAAGGAUGAAAAUAUAAAUAUUAUAGAGAGUACAAUUAAAUCAUGUAAUUCAAACAAACAAAAUUACAGAAAUUUUAAUGAAUCAAAUAAAAAUACAAAUCUUAAGUUAUUCCUUUAUAAUAAAGAUCAUAAAAAUGAAAAAAAAAAUAUAUUAAAUGAAAAUAACUCUGAUACAAUUAUAAAUUUAAGCAAUGUUAUGGAUUCUAAGGAAUUAUAUGAAAUUUCAAGUCGUCAAGAUGAAGUUGAAACCUAUGAAGAAAUAAAUACAAGUAACUCUGAAUAUUUUUAUGAAAAUAAAAAUAAGGGUGAUAAAUUUUGUAUAUCUAGCAAGAAUAUUAAUGAAAUAGAAAAAAUAAUAGAUGUUGAACAUGAAAAUAAUAAUGAAUCAAAUAAUGAUUUAGACUUAAGUGAAAAAAAUUUCAAUUUAUUAUUUUCUAAUAUAAAUAAAAGUGCAACAGAUGAAAAUGAAUAUUCUUCACAAGAUAUAUUUAAAAAGAAGGGUAAUAUUUGCAGUAAUUGUUCAUCAGAUAUUAAGGAUAUAAAUGAGAAAAAUUGUGAAAAUGUAUUAAAUAAAGAAAACAUAGAUGUAUCAUCAGGUGAUGUUUCUGAAAAGUUGAUAAAUCAUGAUUCUUAUAAUAAUGAUGAUGAAAAUUUACAAAAUUAUAAUCCAUAUAAAGAAAAAAGCAUAUAUAUUAGAGAUAAGGAAAUAAAUAAAGAAAAUGACAUAGAUGACCAAAAUUACAUAAUUAAGGAUAGUAUUUCUAAGAGUAAUCAAGAAAACAAUAAUUUUUCUUUUCAAUCAAUAAAACUAAAAAAUGAUAAUAAUGAUAAAAAUGAAAAUGAAUGUAAAAAAGAUUUGGAUAAGUUUAAUAUUCAUUAUAAAGACCACGAUAACCUAAGUAGUGAACUUUUAAAGACAGAAGAAGAGAUUGAGGAAAAAAAAAUUAUUGAUUAUAAAUUAAAAAAUUAUGAAUAUAUAGCAGAUGAUAAUAUUAAAAAUUCUUAUUAUAAAAAUGAGAAUGAUAAUAAUAGAACUAAUGAAAAUGAUGAUUGCAAAAUUGAAAUGAAUGAAAUUGAUAAUAAUAGUAGUAACAAUAAAAGUUGUUGUGGAAGAGAUAAAAUUAAUAUAGAUAACAAAAAUAAAAAUAACAUUUUGAUUAAUAAAAAUAAUAUUAUUAUCAAUGAGGACACUUAUAAUAAAAAUUCUCAGAAUGAAGACUCAAGAAGUUUUAAAACAUGUGAAGAUAGUGACAGUAGUAUUUUUAUUAGUGUAAAGAAAAAUUAUGAAAAAAAUAAAAAAUCUAGUGUGAUCAACAAAAAGGAUGAUUCAAAAUUUUAUAAUAAAGAACACGAUAGUAGUAAUUCUUUAAAAAGCUGCUUAUGUGAAAAGGAAGAAGAUAAAAAUGAUAAUAAAAAUAAGAAAAUUAAGUCAACUACAAAUAUUCAUUUCUUUAAUGAAGAUGUAAACGAAAAAAAUGAAAUUUUUAAUAAUUGUAAUUUGAAAGGUUUUCUUGAAGAAACAUCAAAUAAUGAAGUUAUAAUUUUAGAUGACGAUAUUUCAAUAAAUGCUGGUAGCACAGAAGUUAACAAUAGUAAUAAAAAUGAACUAAAGAAAGAAAGUUUAAAAAGCAAUUUUGUUUCAGAUAAACAACAAUAUGUGAAAAAUAAUAAUAAUAAUAAAUCAUUAGAUAAAGAAAAAAUGGAAUUUUAUGUUUUGGAUAAUAUAGAUAGUGAUAAUUUAUGUGAUAAAAGUAAAAUUAGUAUAAAUAAGUUAAACAGUUCUGAAUGUCUUAUCAAGACAAAUAAUACAGAUAUAUAUGAAAAAUAUAAGAAAAAGAAUAAAAAGAAAGGAAAUAUAAAUAUAGAAGAUAAAAAAGAAAGUGAGUUGUCAAUUUUAAACAUUGAUCUAAAUAAAGCAAAUAAUGUGAUACUCGAGGGACUAAUGGAGUUUUUUGGUUUAAAAAGCAAAAGGUUAUCAAGAAAAAUAAUUAUCAAUGAAUUAAAAAAAAUACAAGAUUAUUUAAACGAAGAAUACGAUAAAUUGUUAAAAGAUAAAGAAGAAACAGUUGUUUUAAAAGAUCAUAUAGCAUCUCAUAAAGAAAGUUCUUGUGAAGAUAAUUUAUGUACAAAUAGCUUUAAAAAUAGUAAAUUUUCUUAUAAUUAUGAUGUUAAUAAUAAUAGUAACAAUAUGAAUAUUGAUAAUGACCUAAAGCAUAUGAAAAAAAGAAAGUUUUAUUCAGAGAGAACCAGUUUUAAAGAAAGUAGUAAUUAUCCUUAUAACGAUUUAUUAGAAAGUAAUCAAGAAAAAUUGCAAGAUGAUUACAUAAAUCAUAUGCGUACUAAAAUAAGAAAAAUGGAAUUAAAAUCCCUAUUUGAAAGGAUAGAUGAAGCAAUUAGUAUAAAUGACAUUUUACAUAAAAACAUACAUGAUGAAAAAAAAAUAGAAUAUAGUAUUUUAAAAAAAUAUCUCAUAGAUUGUAAAUUAAAUGUUAAUAAAGAAAUUUUAUUAUCUUAUGCAAAAGAUAAAAAUAUAGAUAUUUUAUUUAAAAAAAAAAAAAGUGUACAAGUUAUAUGA